AUGGACUUUUCCACACGGCAAUACGAGGAGAUUCCCCCACCCAGCGUCUCCUGCGACGUCGUCGAGCCGGCUGAAGUCUACAAAUGGCUCGAGCAGCACAAGGCAGCCGGGGAAGACGCGCAGAAGGACUUUCAACUGGUGGAUGUGCGUCUAAAUGAAUGGGAGGGCGGGACGAUUGCUACGUCGAUCAAUCUGCCUGCUCAGUCGUUUUACCAGGCGCGCGAGAUGGUGUACACUCUUGCGAAGCAGGCUGGGGUGAAGAAGGUUGUCUUUUAUUGCGGGAGCUGUGGAACUAGAGGGCCGAAAUGCGCGGGUUGGUUCCAAGACUAUCUCGAUUCAGUCGGUGAAGCCGAGAUGAAGGCUCUGAUACUCAAGGGAGGCUUCAAAGGGUGGCAGAAGACGUACAACGGCCAGUUGGUAGAGGCCUGUGAUCCCGAUGCCUGGCGCUCACCGAGCACAUAG